AUGAAGUCGAAUAACCCCCGCGAAACCCAAACCCCACAACAUCUCAGUGAAACCAAUGACCAGAAUGCACAAAGAGCCGAAAUCCCAAGAAUCUCUUUGCAUGCCUCAAUGGAAUCAUCCCAUAAUGCUCCGGACUAUGAGCCAUCACCGAGAAGGGUUUUGUAUGAGAGCUUCGAGUCAGCCUACUCCCAUAUUGUCGAAUCGUCUAGACAUUCAUCGUUUCUUGCUGCUGAUGAACCCAGAAAUGGUAGCCCGAUUGAAGAAGUGAACCCAGCGGCCCCUCCAGUUGUGAACCCUGUGGCUCCUCCCAUUGUCAUCAGAAGAAGACAAAAUAAUCGCCCUGCAAUUCCAAUAGAAAACCUCGAUGAGGCGGACAAUGAGAUGAGCUCAUUGGGUGCAGUUGACAGGAGAACCCCUGGAGGAAGUGAUCGACGCCAUCGCGCCAUUGCGCCGAAUGUUCGCCCACUACCACCACCACCCCAGGAAAAUAAUGGUCCGGCAGUGCCGCGCAAACUAAGCCAAUAUGAGAUUGUGACGGAACCUUGGAAGAUGUGGAGAAGAGAGCAGAAAUAA